CGUCACCCGGCCGGGCGGCCGCGGGCAGCGUUAGAGGCCGGCGCCGGCCUCCCGGGCUCGGCGGGCCCCGGAACCGGGAUUCGCGGCCGGCGCGGGGGCGGGGGCGGCGCGGGGCCCGGACGCGCCCAGCCAGGUUCCGGGGCCCGGGCGAGGCGCGCCGGGAGCGGAGGAAAAGUGCGGCGGCCCGGGAACCUGGAGACCGCGCGAGAUCUGUGACCCCGAAGGCCACCCCUGUCCUCGGCCGUGGCUCCCGGUGCUGGCCAGAAGCCAGCUUCAUGUCCGAGUGCGCAGGCGACGGCGGGCCAUGGACAGCCUGGGCCUGCAGACGGUGACCCUCAGCGACGGGACGACGGCCUACGUCCAGCAGGCUGUCAAAGGAGACAAACUGCUCGAAGGACAAGUGAUCCAGCUGGAGGACGGGACCACCGCGUACAUCCACCAAGUGACUGUGCAGAAAGAAGCUCUUUCCUUCGAAGAUGGGCAGCCUGUCCAGCUGGAAGACGGCAGCAUGGCCUACAUACACCGCACCCCCAAAGAGGGCUUCGACCCCAGCACCCUGGAAGCUGUCCAGCUGGAGGACGGCUCCACGGCCUACAUCCACCACCCCGUGGCCGUGCCGGCCGAUGGCACCAUCCUGGCCGUGCAGACAGAGGUGGGCCUGGAGGACCUGGCCGCGGAGGACGAGGAGGGCUUUGGUGCGGACACUGUGGUGGCCCUGGAGCAGUAUGCCAGCAAGGUUCUGCAGGACAGCGAGGCGCCCCCUAACGGCAAGGCGCAGCAGGUCGGGGACCGGGCGUUUCGCUGCGGCUACAAGGGCUGCGGGCGCCUCUACACCACGGCGCAUCACCUGAAGGUACACGAGCGUGCCCACACCGGCGACCGGCCAUACAGGUGUGACUUCCCCAGCUGCGGAAAGGCCUUCGCCACAGGCUACGGGCUCAAGAGCCACGUGCGCACGCACACCGGGGAGAAGCCGUACAAGUGCCCGGAGGAGCUGUGCAGCAAGGCCUUCAAGACCUCGGGGGACCUGCAGAAGCACGUGCGCACGCACACGGGGGAACGCCCCUUCCGGUGCCCCUUCGAGGGCUGCGGCCGCUCCUUCACCACGUCCAACAUCCGCAAGGUCCAUGUGCGCACCCACACGGGCGAGCGGCCCUACACCUGCCCCGAGCCGCACUGCGGCCGCGGCUUCACCAGCGCCACCAACUACAAGAACCACGUGCGCAUCCACACAGGGGAGAAGCCCUACGUGUGCACGGUGCCGGGCUGCGGGAAGCGCUUCACCGAGUACUCGAGCCUGUACAAGCACCACGUGGUGCACACGCACUGCAAGCCCUACACGUGCAGCACCUGCGGCAAGACCUACCGGCAGACGUCCACGCUGGCCAUGCACAAGCGCAGCGCCCACGGCGAGCUGGAGGCCACGGAGGAGAGCGAGCAGGCGCUGUACGAGCAGCAGCAGCUGGAAGCCGCCUCUGCCGCGGAGGAGGGCCCCCCGCCGCCCAAGCAGCCCCGCAUCGCCUACCUCUCGGAGGUGAAGGAGGAGGGCGACGAGGCCCCAGCCCAGGUGGCCAUGGUGACCGAGGGGGACGGCGCCCCGCAGGUGGCUCUCAUCACUCAGGACGGUGCCCAGCAGGUCAGCCCGUCCCCAGAAGGCCAGCAGGCCCUGGGCAGUGCCACCACCCUCACCAUCCCAGCCACCGGCACACACACUGCCUCCACGGUCAGCGCCAGUGGCACCCAGACACAGCCGGUCACCAUCAUUACCUCUGGGGCCGUGGUGGCUGAGGACACAGGUGUCACGUCCCUUCACCAUCAGCAGGUGGCGCUGCUGGCCACGGCCAACGGGACUCACAUCGCUGUGCAGCUGGAGGAGCCGCAGACCCUAGAGGAAGCCAUCAGCGCGGCCACGGCUGCCAUGCGGCACGGGGCCAUCACUGUGGAGGCUGCCGCGUCCGAGAGUGGCUGCUGAGCCCGAGCGCUGGGUCCCUCAUCGCACCGCACUGCACCACACCGCGUCGGAGACAGGGUGCCCAGCCCGUGGCCAGCUUCUGGAAAGUGGCCACACGCGUCUCCAGGGCCGAGGGCAGCAGGAGAGCAGGGGACGGCAGCCCUGCCCUGGCGGAGGGCUGACAGCUGGAACCAGGGGUGCUCAAUCCUCAGACGCUCAGGAGAACAGACUGGAUGCCAGCCUGCACCCAGACCCCGCCCCCCAGGAGUCAGCAGGCGCCGACGCCCCUCCCACUCAGGAGCACCCUUGUGCCCACCAUCCCCUCCCCUGCUCAGGUGGCAGCGGGGCUCCAUAGGGACUGGCCGUCCACUCGCGCUGGUCACUGCCCGUCGGGGAGAGGGCAGCCAGCUCCCCUCUCAGCAAUACGCACUUGCCGGAGGCCAGCAGCGACGCCUGGCCUCCCCCGUUGCAAUCAGCAUCCCUCAGGGGUCUGCGGCUGCAGAGAAAGUGCCCAGCCCCCCCGCUCCCCACCUCCUCAGCAUCCCCCCCCCCCACCGCCUCUCUGUGGCAGAGAGGCAGAGAGCGGCCUUGUACAUACUGGGGAUUUGGGUUUACAUUUUUUUUUUAAUUCCGUUUUGAUAAUUUUUUUCCUGCUCUGGACGGUGAUGGCAAACGGGUGAAUGAGUAUUUAAUAAAAAGUUUCAAGUUUC